CUUUGCAACAGAUAGAAAAUGAUGAUUCCUUACUUUACUGUGGUACAACAACUGGAGACAUCCUUUGUGUAAUAAUGAAGACUGCCAUCCUUGUGUCUAUUGGGCCACCAAAGAAGAUAUUUUCAAUGGGUGUUAAAAGCCUGUGUCAUAUAACAACUGGUGGACAACUGCAGUACUUGGUUGGAGCAGGUGAUGGUACAUUGUCUAUUGUUAAAGACAGACACAGUAAAUUCCAGCAAACUAAAAACUGUGUAAAACUUAAUGGCUCUAUCACAUCAAUUUCUUUGCGAGGUCCAGGACAUCAGUUUUUUGUUGGAACGUCUUGUUCUAACAUUUACAGGUUUAAUUUUGCUGAAUUUUCUUGCAUUUUACUCAAUACUGGACAUUCUUCCUCAAUUAAUGAUAUUAUAUUUCCACAUGAGACAGCAGAUCUUUUUUUAACUUGUGGAAAAGAAGAAAUCCGAGUCUGGCAUGCUUCUUCAGAGAAAGAAAUGUUACGGAUCACAGUUUCCAAUAUGACAUGUAAUGCACUGGAUAUUUCACGUGAUGGUUCUAUCAUAAUUAGUGCCUGGAAUGAUGGUAGGAUACGUGCACAUUAUCCAGAGACGGGUAAGCUGAUGUACCAAAUUGAGAAUGCUCAUAACCGAGGUGUCACUUCCAUAGCAUUCAGUGCGGAUUCUAAUCGCAUCAUCAGUGGUGGUGGAGAAGGCCAAGUGAGGGUGUGGCGAAUUGAAAUAGGAAAUACAUACACAAAAGACAUCUUUAAAACUUCACUUAUUGAAUCAAUGAAGGAGCAUAAAGGAUGUGUCACCCAAAUAAAACUUUUCCCCAAUGGCAUACAGUGUGUGUCAGUCAGUACUGAUGGUACAUGUAUCAUAUGGAACCUUGAAAAUUACCAGCGUGAUGCAGUCAUUUUUGCCAAUACUCUGUUCCAGUGUGCAUGCAUUUAUCCAGACAAUUGUCAGAUCAUUACCAGUGGAACUGACCGUAAUGUUGCUUACUGGGAGGUAACCGAUGGCACCCAGAUCCGUGAGUUAGAAGCUGCUAAAUCAGGAUCAGUUAAUGCAAUGGAUAUUUCCAAAGAUGGCAAAUAUUUUAUAACUGGUGGAGGUGAUCAUCUUAUUAAGGUGUGGCUGUAUGAAGAAGGUAUUGUUACACAUAUUGGUGUUGGCCAUGGAGGUAGUAUCAAGAGAGUGAAGAUAAGUCCUGAUCAAACAUAUAUGAUAAGUGUUGGAGAAGAAGGUGCAAUUCUUCGCUGGCUUUCCCCUUUCCUUACUGAAUCAUCAAAAAGUACUUAAGAUGAUAUAAAACUAGAUGAAAUAUUAUUGAGAUUGAUACUGCUGUUGUUAAAAAUUAAUCAAUGCAAAGUAUUUGUGCAAGUUGUUAGUUCAAUAAAGAUGUGAACCUUUUCA